GGUCACAUGCUAGUCAAGCUGGAUCAGCUGACACCAGCCAGCUUCUCCUUUUGAUGCUCCCUCUCCUCCGUCGACCGAUAGGGCUUCUCGGCACAGCCUUUUCUUCGUUAUCUUAACGUUACUGGCGUCAAAUUUUAAAUUUGAGCCGAGCACAUCGCGCUGAUCCUGCAGGGCAGACCGCCGGGUAGAUGCUGCUAGAGUGCAUGAUGAACGGACACGCCAUUCUGUACACGGGGGUCACUUUGGCCUUCUGGAGCACCAUACUUAUCGUUGGUAUUUGCUAUACCAUAUUUGACCUUGGAUUCCGCUUUGAUGUGGCAUGGUUCCUGACAGAGACUUCUCCUUUCAUGUGGGCCAGUCUGGGCAUUGGCUUGGCCAUCUCUCUGUCUGUGGUGGGAGCAGCCUGGGGGAUCUACAUCACUGGCUCAAGCAUCAUUGGUGGUGGUGUCAAAGCCCCACGAAUCAAAACCAAGAAUUUGGUCAGCAUCAUCUUCUGCGAAGCUGUAGCUAUCUAUGGGAUCAUCAUGGCCAUUGUUAUCAGUAACAUGGCUGAGAGCUUCAAGGGAAACACCCCUGAGACCAUCGGGGCACGGAACUACCAAGCUGGUUACUCCAUGUUUGGAGCUGGUCUGACUGUAGGCUUUUCCAACCUCUUCUGUGGCAUCUGUGUCGGCAUCGUGGGCAGCGGAGCGGCGUUGGCAGACGCCCAGAACGCCAGCCUGUUCGUGAAGAUCCUCAUUGUAGAAAUCUUUGGCAGCGCAAUCGGCCUGUUUGGUGUUAUCGUAGCCAUUCUGCAGACGUCAAAAGUAAAGAUGGGUGACUAGAAGAUGCAUUCAGGCGCCGAGAAGAUAAAAAGACACUGCUGGAAAAUAAGAUGGAUUAUUGUGUAAAUACAUCGUAAAUUAUUUAAAUGUCUCUAUUUGCCUGGUAUUGGUUUUAACCGUCAUUCACACAAGAGUGGUACGCUCACACCCCUGCUGUCUUGUCUUGAGAGAAACAUGAAUGUGGAAUAAGAAAAAAGUAAAAAAAAAAAUCACCAGAUGUCGAUGUGUCAUGCGCAUUUUUUGCGCCUGAAAUAAAUGAGUGAACCUUGUAUCUAACAGCUCAGCUUGAUGAGCAGUACAAGCAGAAUAAAGAUGUGGUGAAGGAGUAUUAGUUUCUAGUAAAUUCCCUUCAGUUUAAAGGAUAUAUUCAUGCAAGUUGGGGCAUUUUCAUGACAUUGUUUUUUCUGACCACUCUUGGAUGAACGAUGAGUUAAAACGUACACGAGAGUAUUUGAAAAUAUUUGUGUGUGUGCGUGUGUGUGUGUGCGCUUGUGAUCUUUUUUUUCUCUGUUUUCUUUCUUCCUGUGAAAGCAUGAGGGUGUUUACCAUUGUGUUUAUAACUGUAGCCUGGUCUGUCUGGUCUGUGAUUUUUUUUUUUUUUGUCUCUGUAAGUGUUCUGUUCAAAUAAGCGAAUGGUCCUUAAUCCACAGGCUGUGGGCCGAACACAUUUGUCAGGCCUCCUGCUGUAGAAGUGACAGAGAAUCUUUGAAGUUUAAAUUAGAGUGCUGAUCUGUAAAUCAUUAGGAAGGGCACUAGACGGUUGGACACGCUCUUUGGGAGGCGGCUCUAAAUAUAUCAUCCUGUCAUUCACUUGCUUACUUCCUCCAAACGCUAUGGAACUAUGAUGUCUACGUUUGAAUGAGCCUCCUGAAGCUGCCAGCCACAUCUUCCUAGUUUUUCCCGGUUGUGAUCCUAAAUGGAUUUAAGCGUUUGCCAGAAGGCAGCCAAAAGGUUGUGAAUACACAGAUUACUUUUAGGAGACCGCAGUGUGACACGAGCAUGACACUGACUUUGAGGAAACCUUGUAGAAAACGUCUUGGGUCACUCUCCUCUUUAUUAAGUCACUAUUCGAUAGUAACUCAAUAGUAACUGUAAAUGAUUGCCGUAGCAUCGCCGUCAUAGCUCUGGAGGUCUUGAUUGCAGAUUUUGUAUAGCCUGGUCCUCUGACUUUGAUUUUACGUCAGUGUUAAAUCUAUUGGCUCCAUUACAUCAUAACCAAAAAUUGAACUUGCAGGUUUUAAAUAUUCUCCAUUCAUACAAGAGUUGCGUUUUUACAAAUCUUCCUUAUUUUUAAUUUGUUUUUUCUUGUUUUGAAUGUACAUCUUAACUCGAUUGUGUCUGCAUUCGCAAAUUACUUUCUAACAUUCCUAACAGAAGUUCAAUGUGUGUAUUUAAGCUUAGUCUUGUGUUUGGCGGGAGUGCAGUGUGAGUGACAAAGUUAGACUCGCGCCACAUCAUAUCAUCAAAUAUUUGUCAUUAGAACAUGUGCUUCUUAUCAGCCAGUCUCUGUGUGGCAUUUCAGCUGUUCCCUGUUAAUGCUGACGAGUAAAUCCUGGGAUCUUUCUGUGAAGCUUUGGCUGCAGGCUGACAGGAGAGCUGACAGUGUGAGUGUGCAAAAAGAGUGCAAAAAUGUUCGUACUGUAACACACUUUUCGUUCUUUAUCCAUCAUUCCACAAGUUAAGCUGACAGACCACGGCUAAUUGUGAAGUCUUUCCCUGUAAUUUUCCCUCCAACCCUCUUGUGGAGUUGUGAAUGAGUAUAAACACUGAAUCUCUACAUGUGGAAACUGGAUUGUCUUUAAUAUAUCCAGACCUGGCCUCCCCAAAGGUGUCUAAGCAGCGAGUUUGGUCUCUGCCCUUUCCGAUGGUUUUAUAAUUAAACCAAGAUGUAACUCGGGAGAUUCCUUUGGUAAACCAGGUUCUGAACCAAAAACCCCCGGGCUUUCAGUGGCUGUAGUCGGUACCGUGUGUGCAUUAUGUUGAUGUGAUGGUGAUCAGAGAAUAGCUAAUUGUUUUUGACAUUGUGUAUAAUAAGAAUAAUAAUAACAACAAAAUACAGAUCAUCCUUCUGGCUUCAUAAAUGUCCUUGAGAAAAAUAAAAUGGUUCAAUCAACA